UGCCACUACUGGUGGCAGUACUGCGCGUAAGGGAGUUGCGGGAAGGACCAAGAGACGCAAGGCGGACAGCGAUGUGGACAUGGAGGGUAAUAGCGAGAAUAGUGGGGAUGAGCCGGAUACCGAGGAUGAAUCAUUUGUUCCUGCUGAAAUGCCUCCCCCUGCCAAGGGUUUACCCGCGCGCACAGCAUCGAGGACACCUGUACGCGCAACCCGCGGCAAAGCGGUGCCCGCGACCAAGCGGCGCAUGCGGCUGCAGGAUCUCCAGCGCCCUGCCUCUGUCACCGCGACGAUUCUCAAACGGGCGUCGAAAAUCCUUACCGCCACAGGCUCUACCAACUCUUCCUCAGGCAAAACCAUCUAUGAGACCGCCCGCCAGCGACUGCACGUAUCCGCAGUCCCCGAUACACUGCCCUGUCGCGAAGACGAGUUUGCAGAAAUCUACGGCAGCCUCUACAAUGCAAUCGAGGAACGCAACAGCAUGUGCAUGUAUAUCUCGGGAGUUCCAGGCACGGGCAAGACCGCGACCGUAUACGAGGUUAUCCGGACUUUGCAGGAGAAUUCGGAGGAUGGGGAGCUGUCGGAAUUUCAGUAUAUCGAGUUGAACGGAAUGAAAAUGACCGAGCCCUCGCAGGCAUAUGCGCAGCUCUGGCAGGCGAUUUCUGGAGGCGAAAAGGCGACGCCCAGGCAUGCCGCGCAACUACUUGAAAGGCACUUUAGUGCGCCUAGUCCCCGCCGACACACCUACGUUGUACUGAUGGAUGAGCUGGACCUUUUGGUGACAAAGUCGCAAUCCAUCAUGUAUAAUUUCUUCGACUGGCCUCACCGCCCACACGCCAAGCUUAUUGUCAUAGCUAUUGCGAAUACGAUGGAUUUGCCCGAGCGAAUGCUGAGUCAUAAGGUGUCGAGCAGAUUGGGUUUGACGAGGAUUAAUUUCCAACCGUAUACGCAUUUGCAACUUAUGACCAUUGUUAUGUCGCGGCUAGAGGGUUGUUUGGCAUUUGGUUCGGAUGCUGUGGAGCUGUGUGCGCGCAAGAUUAGUGCUGUGUCUGGGGAUGCGCGCAGGGCACUGGAUGUAUGUCGGCGGGCGGUCGAGAUGGUCGAGGCUGAGGCGGAGGAAAAGGCGGUUGAGAAUGAUUCCGGUAGUAGUCGGGAGGAUCUUCUAGUUACCAUGCUGGUUAUUGAUCGGGCAGUUAAGGAAAUGUACGCAUCCGGGCAGAUUGCAUUUAUCCAGAGCGCGCCCCUCCAACACAAGGUAUUCUUGGUUGCCCUGCGGGCUGCUAUUAGGAAAGCCGGGGUGCCGGAGGUUUCCCUUGGGGAUGUGGCUUUUAUUCACAGACAGUUGUGCCAAAUGCAUGAGCUUUCGGUGCCGAGUUAUGAGCAGAUAUCGGCGGUGUGUGCGCAGUUGGGCGCGACAAGAUGUGUUUUGACAGAGUCUAGUUUGUUGGAUGUACAUCAGCUUGUCAGACUGGCGAUUGCUGAGGAUGAUAUUACGGUGGCGUUAAGACCGGAUGCUUUAUUCCAGAAAAUCUGCGUGUCGUGAUUUGUAAGGUGUAUUAUGUUUUAUAGUGUUUUCUUAUUUGUUUGUUUAUUCAGGAAUAGGCAAGUUUUGCAGCGAUUCCUGCGGGUUAUAAGAUAUUUUAAAUAUAAAGCCACUUUCAGACUGUUCUGCUUGUAGGCUAGCUUUAAUU